CAGGCUCCGCCGCAUCAACACCAUCUCCCCUCAUCCCGUUCCAUCACCCUCUCCGCUCAUUCUUUUCGCGCUGCAACAUGGGCCUUCCAGUGUGGCGCGCGCCCUCGCCGGAGCCGCCCAGCGCGCUCAAGGCCGACCCGACAGCGCCCGCCCGGUCGCCCAUCCGCCGCCGGUCGCUCGCGCGCGCUCGGCCCGCCAGAUCUCCCACGUCUCCGCGCCUGCACGAUUACAACGACGUCCACAUCUCGCUGUCGCGCUUUGGGAGCGCCGACUCCGCCACGCGCCUCUCGAGCUCGCGCCCGCGCCCGCCUCCGCCGCCCGUCCCCGAGACGCACAACUACUCGCGCCAGGGCUCGUCGAGAUACACGCCCGGGUUGGCCGCAGAGGAGGAUAGCGCGACGCGCUCCUACUUCCGCCUCUCGACCGAUGCGCCGCGUGGCCUGUCCUUCGAGGACCGCCGUCCGCUCCCCGCCUUGACUCCAAACUUUGCGCCUGCGGCCGCGUCGCGGAGUGCCAGGCGCGACUCCGCGCAUGGCGUUCGAGAGCGCUCGGUCCGGCGAAGCAGGUCGCCAUUCAGUCGGCUGACUGCACACGAUUUCCCGCAUCUUCGCUCGGGCCGUGGAUCGGAUUACUUCCAGGGCCGCGAGCUCGUUCGUAGCCGUGGCCCCAUCGAGCCAACCGACGACGGGGAGGACGACAGCAGCGAUAACAAUGCCGUUGGCUUUCCGCCGCUGCGCAGGAUGGGUCGCCGCACCAUUGCCGAUGGCCCACUGCCCUCUAGCUCUCUGCGCGAGUCCUGGAGCCCGGCGACGACUCUCGAUGGCUUGGGCGAUCGCGCGCGCAGUGUCAGCCCGGUGGACGACCAUUGGGAGACGAUGCUCAGCAGUGUAGCCCCAGAUCCGCUUGCGCCGACUGCCGAAUCCUCCUUCACUUCGGCCGCCGCAUCAGCCUCCUUCUCAAACUCGCAUCCCAGCUCGCGCGCCGGAAGCUCCAACUCGAACUCGGUGUCGUCUUCGCGCACGCAUCUGACAGUCCCGUCGCGGCGUAACUCUCCCGGCAACGAUCUCUUCCUGCGCGCUUGCGAUACAUCUGAGGAUAGCGCUUCUGACACUGAAGAGGAGGAUAUGGAUAUUCGCCCGGACUCGUCCCUGCUCCGCCGGAGCACUGUGGGCGGUGCCUCUUCCUACGAGCCUCCUCUGCGGAAUCCUCUGCGCUACUCGCGCGGUGUCCGCGAACGGUCGAGAGAGUCGAGCGCAUACGUCCGCAGCUUCUACGGUGAAGUGGCCCCGCGCGAUUUGCAGCCUCAACCCGAGAGGCGCAUCAGCGAUCAGCUGGAUGGGCCGGUGGAGGAGCGCAAUGCAGCCGACGAAGAUAUGCCACUCGACCAGGAGCUCCGUGACGCGCGGGCUCUUCUAGAGCGGCUGAGCCGGAGAGACGACAUUUCGGACGAGUUCUGGGCCUCGGUUGGCUUGAGGCGGCCGCUUGCUGAUCGCGUGGAGCGGAUCCAGCAGCGCGAGCGGUUGUAAUGAAUUUCUUUCUGAAUCGGGCGCGGACCUGCGGGCUGGUCCGGCGCUACGAUGUCUGCUUGGACCGAUUGGCGUUUGUAUGACCACGGUACUUUCUUCAUUCUGCCAUUUUCUCUGGUGGAGACGUUCACAUCUUAAUGUCUGCUUUCUCAAAAGCUUUUCCGAGACUAUGUUGUAUUACGGAUAUGGGUUAUCUUGCGGCCAUGGUUCCAUUGGGUCUGGUUAUCUGGGCGGUAUCAUGUAUUCUAUUUGCUUUGUCGCGCUUGGGACCCGUGAAAGGGACUCUGCGGUGCGGCGGAAAAGGAAUGGAAAAGUGUUCGGCACGUUGGUUCGUGCUUGGCCUGCU